AUGUCUCUUAAUAAUACCACGUUAGCAUCAGAGAACUUAGCAGCCCUAGAUGAUUCAUCAAAGAAGGAAAUUGCUGCGUUUUUAGAAUCUGAAAACUCUAAGCAGAAAGUACAAAUGUCCAUUCAUCAGUUGACUAAUACAUGUUUCAAGAAUUGUGUUUCCAGUAUUACGGAUUCCAACUUGAAUGCACAAGAGGAAGAGUGUUUGAGUAGUUGUGUGAAUAAGUUUUUGGAUACCAAUAUUAGAUUAGUGAAGGGUUUACAAAAUUCACAAUGA